AGUUUGUUACUCUACACCAUCGUCUAUCGUAGUUUGGCUCCGUCACGCAACACAAGCAACUGUUUCCCAUGGCGCUCGAACCACGAAACCUGAUAAUUGCUGUUGUUUUCGCCUCUGGCUGCCUAGUUCUUCUGCUAGUGGUGCAAGUCAUUUUAGUGUUCAUGAGAUUGAAGCCGAAGAAGAAUCAAAGCCCACGGCAUGGAAAGGUUGUCCUUCAUCAAAUGCCUCCAAAUUCCCGAGUUUUAAAUGUUUCUCCACCUUGUCUCAAGCUAGAGACCUAUUUGCGAAUUAACAAAAUCCCCUACGAAAGCGACUACAGUUUUAGAAUGUCGAGCAAAGGCAAAGUGCCGUGGAUUGAAUACAAUGGAGCGACCGUGGCCGAUUCAAACUUAAUUGUUCGUUUUCUCAACGAAGAAUUUCAAUUCGACCCCGAUGCCCAUCUGAGUGUCGAAGAAAAAGCCAUCGCACAUACCAUGCUCGUAACCCUUGAGGAGAAUACUUAUUGGACUCUGCUAUAUCACAGCUUUGUGACUGAUCUGGCGGACACAAGGUCAAUGUCACCUCUGUUGGGACUAACACCAACUCCUCUAAAUUACAUUAUGUCGUGGAUAGUAUCUCAUCACCUGUGCCAGAGCCUCUGGAGUCAUGGAAUUGGGCGGCACUCUAGAGAGGAAAUUUACAGCAUUGCAGAGAGAGACUUGAGGGCUGUAUCACAAGUGUUGGGAACAAAAAAGUUUCUUAUGGGAAGCAAGCCAUGCCUUUUAGAUGCUGCAGUAUUUGGAUUGGUUUCAGUAUUCCUUUGGAAUGUUCCAAACAGUCCACAGGCAAAACUUAUUAGGUCAGAACUGAAGAACGUGGAAGCACAUUGUUAUACCAUUAGGGAGGAGUAUUUCCCAGACUGGGAUGAAUUAAUACUAAAAAACACAAACUCUCUUGAUCAUUAAAUCUGGUUUAUUGUCUAUCAUAUCGCCAGUUUUGAUCGAAUAUUGACUGUCAUUAUCCAUACUAUACCUAUCAGUACAAAGUAGAUUACUAACCUUCGAUGUAACAGUUUUUUCUGUACACAAAAGCCUUUAGAAUACUACAAAGACAUAGAUGAUAUGUAUUGUGACCAUUUCUGGUCUGCAGUUGAUUAUUUCACUACUACUACGGAAUAUCAUUUCACCCAUCUCAAUAGUUAUACAGAAUCGUCUUCUAAGAGACAAAUCUAGUGGUUCAGGUAAAUCAGAUUUAAACCUGAGUAUUUAGGUUGUGAUAUAAUCCAACCCUUCUACCUUGCCUCACAGGGUGAACCAGUGGUGUCUUGACCCUUUAGGAGUGACUAGCAUUCAAUUUCUCCUUACAAUAUCAGCCCUGAAUUACACAUUGAGGUUAUGAGAAUAAAGAAAAUGAUCACCAACUAAAGAUGCUCUAAACUGUCAAACAAUUUCUACAUGUCAGCACUCAAGGAAAUGUAUUGAGAACAGUAUGGAGAAUAUGCAUACUAAUCUUAAGGUGUGAAUGGUUAUCUCUACUUUGAUCUUACUGAGCCCUUUGUAAUCAAAGUCUCCAAGCUCUAACGUGAGAGUGCAAGUCUCUUCUACUUCUGACUCUGUACAUUCAUAGGGAUUUGCAUCUAGUUCUCCUAAGACAUCCAACACCACGCAAAAUAUGCACAAAGAAUAAAAUUGUUUUGUUGAGUUGAA